GAACAACUUGUUUGACAGCAGCAUGCUGACAUUUAAGAGCCUGUCUGUUUUUGAUGAAUUUGAGGAAGCUUUGUGCUCUUUCUCAACUGUCACAUCAAUGAGAAAAAAGAGGUAAAAAUAAACACAGGAGUGUAAGUAAUUGUAUUUUCCUUAACAUCUGUGGAAUCUGAUUUACAAUGUGUACAUAAAUACUUGGUAUGAUUCAACAGAGUGAAGGGAAACUUUUGGCAGCAAUCAGAUAAUAAUAGUUAACUAUAAAAGGUUAACUAGGAGUAAACUUGUGUGCUGAACUAACAUACGUCAUCAAAUUCUCCAGUCAAUCCUAUUAACUACACUUUCCUUUGUUUAGGAAAUGGAGCACAAAGCAUAAUGUGCAGUCAUUCACCAGGAAUGUGCUUUGAUGCUUUUUUAUUAACUAGUGUUAACUUGAUUAGGCUAACAAAUGAGGGCUACUCAGUUUUGACAAUUAGGUGAAUCCAGAUUAAAUAAUAUGGAUUUCCCCUCCUUAAUCUCUACCAAGAUGAAAGGAGAAUAGAAGCAGAUGUGAGACUAAUUAAAUAUAUUUUGUGCAUAUGUGCAUAACAUAUCGAAAACUGGAUAUAUAUAUGUACAGUUCUCUUUGCAAUGUACAUGCCACCAACAGAGGGAAACCUUGAGAACUACAUAUUAGUCUUAUUUUAAAUCACAUGACUGAUUGCUGUUCUGACAUUUAUAUUCUUAAAAAUCAGUUUUAACUUUAAAUGUAGAUGCAUUAUUUUUGAAUGAAAACGAACAACAUUACUGCCCACUUUAUUGCUCCUUCAAUGUGUUGCUUCUAAUUUCAAAAGAACAGGAGUUUUUGGGUUAAUUACAUCACGGCAUAUCGAUGAUACAGUCUCAUAAAGAACAUAUAAUUAAAAACAACAUAAUAUAACCAUGUUUUCAAGUAAUAAAGAGUAGUAGCAGGAGUUAUGUACUAUUUCGUUGCAGUUAAAUAUUUGUACGUAACAGCGUCCACCCCUCCACAAUGGACCGUGCCGCGACUGUGGCCAAUCACGUGCUUUGUUGUGGUAGCAGCCCACAGUAGCAGGAAGGCGUAGCUUGAUGCUCGCCGUACUUUGACACCGCUGACAGUCAGUAGACUUGUGUGUUUCCUCUUCUACACGCUGUUGGCAGCUCGGUGUUGAAUCAUGGAGCAGGAUAAUCUGUCUGUGGUGCUGCACGCUCAGGGAGACCUGAGACUGGAAAAGCGCCCUGUCCCGGAGCCAGGACCUAAUGAGGUCUUGCUCAAGAUGCACUCUGUUGGAAUCUGUGGAUCAGAUGUGCACUACUGGCAGCACGGUCGCAUUGGGAACUUUGUGCUCAAAAAACCUAUGGUGUUGGGACACGAGGCAUCUGGGCAGGUGGUGAAGGUGGGAUCAGCAGUCAAACAUCUUAAAGCAGGUGAUAGAGUGGCGAUUGAGCCAGGUGUGCCCCGCGAGAUGGACGAGUUCUUCAAAAACGGACGCUACAACCUGUCUCCUACUAUCUUCUUCUGUGCAACGCCACCUGAUGAUGGAAACUUGUGCCGAUACUAUACGCACAGUGCCAAUUUCUGUUACAAGUUGCCUGAUAAUGUGACAUUUGAGGAGGGAGCUCUGAUUGAACCUCUGUCUGUGGGGAUCCACGCCUGCCGCAGGGCCGGGGUAACCCUCGGCAGCACUGUGCUCAUCUGUGGUGCAGGGCCUAUUGGGUUGGUCUGUCUGCUUGUGGCCAAGGCAAUGGGGGCCUCACAGGUCGUCAUCACUGAUCUGUUCCCUGAGCGUUUGACUGUGGCCAAAGAGUGUGGUGCUGACUUCCAGCUGACGGUGAAGAGAGGCGAUGGACCUCAGCAGCUGGCCAAGAGUGUAGAAGACAUGCUGGGAACUCAGCCGCACAUCACUAUUGAAUGCACGGGUGUUGAAAGCUGCAUCCAAACUGCCAUUUAUGCAACACGUUCAGGAGGUGUUGUGGUGCUGGUGGGUCUCGGCUCUGAGAUGGCCACUAUUCCCCUGAUCAAUGCUGCUGUAAGAGAAGUGGACAUCAGAGGGGUCUUUCGCUACUGCAAUACCUGGCCGAUGGCCAUAGCCAUGUUGGCGUCGGGGAAAGUGAACGUGAAGCCCCUGGUGACCCACCGUUUCCCUCUGGAGCAAGCAGUCCAGGCCUUUGAGACCACGCGUCAGGGUCUUGGGAUAAAGGUCAUGUUAAAGUGUGACCAGAAUGACCAGAACCCCUGAUCUGACCUGCUGCAGUGAAGCAAAACUGACCAGUUAAACGUGACUCAGCAUGAAAGGCAGAUAGGGACAUUGACCUUAAGAAAGAUAACAGAGGUCGUUCAAAGAGAAACACUAAUGAUAAUGUGCUGAAGGACAGCCGACUGCAGUGUAGCCUAGAGGUUAGAGAUGCAAUAAGCAUCAGAUGGUACGAGUAAAGUAGUCAUUUAUUAAAAUGGUCAAAAUUGUUCUGUAACUAAUAUUUUAAUUAUUUUAUAAUUCUAAAUAAUUUUGUUCACUUUUAAAUUUAAGAUAAUUUUACAUAUGGCCACUGUAGUGAAAGAAAAUCCUUAAAUAAUAAAUUAAAAUAUCAAAAAAAUCUGUAUUUCUUUUUUUUUUUUAAAUAUUUAAUUUCAACAGAACCACCUGGUUGCAGGCACUAGAGGGAACCAGAGGCUCAAAGUGAAAACAUAACAGAGUGUCUUUGUCACAAUUUCAUACUACAUGCUAAUAGUACAAUAUAUUUAUCUGCAUAGUUAACUUUUUUGCUAUUAGUAUACAAGAAAUCAAUUUACAACUUAACCAUUUUACACCAACAGGAAUAUCAAUCAAACUCUGGAGUGCCACUGCCAUUUAAACUUUAAUUAACUUACUUAUUUUGCAGCUGUGAGCAGUUCCUCUAUUUCUUUUGUGCAAAGUGGGACAAUAUGUAUGAUUGUACUUUAACAGCAGACUCAAAAAUCCAGUGGAGUUAGUCAGCAUACUUAUUUUUUUCACAUUUUCAGUGUGAACGUUCUCAAAACCUGCUUAGAUUUAAUGCAUAAUAUAGAAUUAGAACAAUUUUGGUGUUUUUGUACCAACCCUAUACAAUAUGUACUUAACUCAUUUUCAUGGUAUACUGUUUUUGUAUUGUAAAAAUCAAUAUACAUUACAGGAAAUGAUAAAACACACAGAGGAUAUCAAGUCUUUAAAUUAUCACUUACUUAAAAACUAAAGAUGAAAAUAAAAUAUUUUUGCAAAGAUUUAACACUUUUUUGUUUGUUUUGAAGAUCUAUUUGGAGCUGUUUUACCUCCUGCAAUCAAAUGUUUUCCAACUUUGAGCAGCUCCUGUAUUUCCUUGUGUGAACACACUUCACCCUCAAAAAAUAUAUAGUAUAGAAUAAAGAUAUAU